CCAUGGUAAAAGUUAACUUAUCAGUCAGUCUUUCAAUGUUCGGUAUUUCUGCCAAAAACCAAAAAGAAAACAUUAGAAAUUUUUUUCCUAGUCCAACAUACCUAUAUGGAAGACCUGGAAAUAAAAAUUGAAAGGUCAAAGAUGGAAGGCCGGGGUGGCUUUCUAUCUCCUUUCCUCUGAAUUGAUUAAGUCAAAAUCAGCUUGUGUUCCUCGUUCUCUGUGAGACUUGUACUGCUUUACAAUAUAUUUAUUUCACUCUGGCUUAUCCCAAAAGUGGGUGCAGGAGUGCUAGCGGAUGGAAUGCAUUGGGGCUCAAAUCGGGUGAAAUUGGGAUCCCUUGGAGGUCAAUCCGCGCCAUCACCAGAGCCAAUAGAGAUCAGGGCAUUAGAGUCAAAAGAACUUCUGCAGCUGUAUUGAUCAGCAUAUCCUAAAUGGCAUCAGAGCAGACAUCACAAAUCUACACAUAUGAAGCUCCAUGGCAAAUAUAUGGUAUGAACUGGAGCACCCGCAAGGACAAGAAGUUCCGUCUUGCAAUUGGUAGUUUCCUUGAGGAUUACAACAAUCGAGUAGAAAUUGUGCAACUUGAUGAGGAAAUGGGUGAAAUAAAGAGUGACCCCAGACUGGUAUUUGAUCACCCUUACCCUGCAACCAAGGUAAUGUUUAUUCCUGAUAAAGAAUGUCAAAAAACAGAUAUUCUGGCGACUACUGGAGAUUAUCUUCGUAUAUGGCAAAUUAAUGAGGAUAGGGUUGAGUUGAAGAGUUUGUUAAACAACAAUAAAAACAGUGAGUUUUCUGCACCCCUAACUUCUUUUGAUUGGAAUGACGCUGAGCCAAGGCAAAUUGGAACUUGUAGCAUUGAUACAACUUGCACCAUUUGGGACAUUGAAAAGGAGGUGGUGGAUACACAGCUAAUUGCUCAUGACAAGGAGGUAUAUGAUAUUGCUUGGGGUGGACCGGGUGUUUUCUCUUCAGUUUCAGCAGAUGGGUCUGUUAGGGUUUUUGAUUUAAGGGAUAAGGAGCACUCUACUAUUAUUUAUGAAAGUCCCCAACCAGACACGCCAUUGUUGCGUUUAGCUUGGAACAAAAGGGAUCCUAGAUACAUGGCCACUAUUCUUAUGGAUAGCUCUAAAGUAGUUGUUUUGGAUAUUAGGUUUCCCACUGUACCUGUUGCAGAGCUUCAAAGGCACCAAGCAAGUGUUAAUGCCCUUGCAUGGGCUCCUCAUAGCUCUAGUCAUAUUUGUACUGCAGGAGAUGACUCUCAAGCUUUAAUAUGGGACUUAUCUUCCAUUAACCAGGCUGUCGAAGGAGGUCUUGACCCAAUAUUGGCCUACACCGCAACCGCAGAAAUCAAUCAAUUACAGUGGUCUUCCACACAAUCAGAUUGGGUUGCAAUUGCAUUUGCAAACAAACUUCAGAUUUUAAGAGUUUGAAAAUGUUUGAGAUGCCUUUUUCUAUUCAAAUUUCCCAUUGAUAGACUUAUGGGUUUUCUAUUUAAAGACUGUAUUAUGUUAUUCUAAACUACUAAAGUCUUUAUUGGUUUGGAUUUUUCCACAUUAGUAAGCAAUCUGAUCAAUCCUAUGGCUGUAAAAUUUGAGACAUUCUUCUGCCAAAAGUUUCUUACCUCAGCCUCGUGUAGAACAUAUUUCAAAAUCUAUUUCGAAUUCCUUUUGUUUU